CGGUUCUUGGAGUUCCUGGUCAGCAUGGUCAGCGUGCGACGGGUGUGACGGGUUCUCCAAUCGCACCAGAGACUGUAACAGCCCUCCUGCUCGAUUUGGUGGUCUGCCCUGCCUCGGAGAGAGCAUGCAGAGUCGUGGUUGCCAUGACAACAUGACUGUGUGCUCAGAAUGCGGUGGAGGCCAGGAAGAAUGGCCCUGUGGCAAACCCUGCCCUCGCUCCUGUUCUGAUCUCCAUGGCGACACGGAGUGCCUGGACUCGCCAGGAUGCAGCAAGACCUGCGGUUGCCCCGGUGACAUGGUCCUGCAGGACGGCGUGUGUGUAACCAGAGAGGAGUGUCGCUGCAAAUACGAAAACAUCUCUGCUGCCGAUUCCAGACCCGGCGAGACUGAGUGGCAGUUUGCAAGUCAAGGAGAAGAAAUCAUCAUGGACUGCAAAAAUUGUUCCUGCCAAGCUGGGGUUUUGCACUGUCACCCACUCCCCGGCUGCUAUGUGGACGGCGGCUGGGGCCAAUGGGCAAUUUGGUCUUCGUGUUCAGUUUCCUGCGGAGGAGGAGUUCACUUCAGGAGACGCCAGUGUGAUAAUCCAUCUCCUCAGAGUGGAGGGAGAGGUUGCCUGGGAAUUGGUGAACAGCAGAGAGACUGCAACACACAUUUGUGCACAGACACGGUGGGCCCUUGGCGACCCUGGUCUCAAUGGUCGGUAUGCUCUGUCAGUUGCGGUGGCGGCCAGCAGUCUCGAUUCCGAAUGUGCGGCUCAUCGGGCUGCAGUGGCAUCAGCCGCCAGAGCAAGACUUGCAAUACGGAGGUCUGCCUUGAAGCGGGCUGCCCCCCAGGCAGGCUGUACAGGGAGUGUGAGCGAGGGGAGGGCUGCCCUUUUAGCUGUGACCAGGUCAGCGGCAGGGAGGGCUGCUACACCGAUGGCUGUGAGGAAGGCUGUCACUGCCCCCUGCACACUUUCCAACAUAACGGCGUCUGCCGGCAUGAGUGUCCCUGUUUAGUCGAUGAGGAGUUUCUAGCAUCGCUCCAGAGUGUCUCCAUCACACCAGUCUCAACUCUGCUCCUUCAUAACAUCUCAGAAGGUGUAGAGCUCCAGCCUGGAGACACACUGAUUCAUGACUGCAGCUCAUGUGUCUGUGAGCACGGCAAAUGGAACUGUUCGUUGGAGCACUGUCCUGUUGACGGCGGUCUGUCACCUUGGGGCUCCUGGAGCUCAUGCUCGCUGUCCUGUGGCGGUCUUGGGUUGAAAACCCGCACCAGAGGCUGCACCCAACCUGCUCCAGCACAUGGAGGGAAAGGUUGCAUCGGGCCAUACAUUGAAAGCACCUACUGUCAGGCCCCUGACUGCCCAGUUGUUGGUCCCACAGAAGAACCCACCCUGCCAGAUGAGGAUGCUGGUUUCACUGGCUGGUCAACAUGGAGUCCAUGUACUAAAACAUGCAGUGAUGCUCGCUCUCCAGCUAUGAAGUCCCGUUAUCGUCAGUGCAUGAAACCCCCGUGCUUUGGGGCCUCCCAUCAAGACAAAGCUUGCAACCUCCCCCAGUGCCCAGACUCAGACGGUGAGGAGCUCUGCAUUGGGGACGAUUGCGAGGAGAGGAACUGUACCUGGACGGAUUGGGGGACGUGGGGUUCCUGUUCCCGUUCCUGCGGCGUGGGCCAGCAGCAGAGGAUCCGAACCUUCCUGGGCCCUGGGCCCAAUGGCUUCUGGUGUGACGACAUCUUGGGAGGAAAUAUAGAGCGCCGCUUUUGUAACAUAAGGCCCUGCCGUGUGGAUGCGAGCUGGUCCCGUUGGAGUCCGUGGUCCCGCUGCGAUAAACUCUGCGGGGGCGGCCGCUCCAUACGCACCCGCUCCUGCUCCAGCCCUCCACCCAAGAACGGAGGAAAGAAGUGCCAAGGAGAGAAAAACCAGGUCAAACCAUGCAACACUAAACCCUGCGAUGAACAAGGAUGCCCGCCGGGACAGGAGGUCGUGUCUUGUGCCAACGAGUGUCCGCAGCGCUGCGCUGACCUCCAGCAAGGCAUUGAGUGCCAGACCAACACUGAAUGUCAACCCGGAUGUCGCUGCCCUAAAGGACAGUUGCAGCAGGAUGGAGCGUGUGUGCAUCUGUGGCAGUGUGACUGCGUGGACUCGCAGGGCCAAAUUUGGGCUGCUGGCAGCGGGCAUCAGAUCGACUGCAACAACUGCAGCUGCACCAAUGGGCAGUUGGUCUGCACCAAUCACAGCUGCCAGGCCACAUGCACUUGGAGCUCUUGGUCCAAUUGGGCAUCAUGUAGCGUUACUUGUGGUCACGGACGGAGAACCCGAUACAGAUCUCUCAUCUCAGAAACCGAGGGAACAGAUUGUCAAUUUGAGGAAGUCAAUCAUAAACCCUGUGAGCCAGGGCCCUGCCCUCCUCUUUGUUUCCAUGAUGACCAGGAGCUACAUGUGGGAGACACCUGGCUUUUGGGUUCGUGUAAACAAUGCACAUGCACUCCAGAGGGAGAUUACUGCCAAGACAUCGAUUGUAGAGUGGACGGUGGCUGGACUCCGUGGUCAGUGUGGUCUGACUGCUCAGAGACCUGUGGACAAGGAACACAAGUUCAAACCCGAGCCUGUAUCAACCCGCCACCUCGUAACAAUGGCUCACACUGUGAUGGUCCGGAGAGACAGAACCAAGAAUGUCACGCUGCUCCCUGUCUGGAUGACCUUUGCCCCUGGUCGCCGUGGUCACCAUGUUCCCGCAGUUGCGGGGCGGGGACUGUGGUGCGGCGUCGGGUGUGCGUCUGCGGAAAGGGAGGAACUGCAGCGUGUCCUGCUGAGAUUGAAGCCGAGAUGAAGCAAGAAGAGAAUCAGCUAUGUUUCAAACAGCCAUGUCCAGAAUGCCCCAUGUCAGCCUGGAGCGUUUGGUCUCCGUGCUCAUGUGAGUCUCAGAGGCAGCAGCGCUACCGUGUAGCUGUCACCCCGGCCACCAGGGGGCAGCAGUGCACCCCUGUUGAAACACAGAGCAAACCAUGCAGCCUCAGCCACUGUGAUGAAUGUGAAGCGCCGUUUGUGUAUUCCCCGUGUGGCACACCCUGUGAGAAGCACUGCGAGCUCCAUGGCCGUACAGACCUGUGUCUGGGGGUCAGAGAGUGUACACCCGGCUGCUAUUGUCCACCGGGCUUGCUGCAGCAGAAUGGUAGCUGUGUACCAUCAGAGCAUUGUGGCUGCAUCUACUUGCAGGACCGACCUUCGGGGCAAUCGCCCACGCCGGUCACUGUUCCUCAGGGGUCUACAGUUGCUAUCGGCUGCAGUACCUGUCUUUGCCAUGACGGGAUGUUGGAGUGCGACAUGAGAGAGUGUGAAGUCAUCCUCAGUGAAUGGUCGGAGUGGACUUCGUGCUCUCCCUGCAUGCCUUACUCCUCCCUGAACCCAAGCAGCAUCCUCCUGGAAGGGGCUGUCAACGGAAGUAAAAUGGUUUCAGUCCAGAGGCGUUUCCGGGCCUGUUUAGACUUUGACUCUGGUUUCCCAGUACCUGGAGAGCAGGAGAAAAAUCAGUGUCCACAUCCACAAGUUGAGGACAGGCUGUGUCCGGAUGACAGCAUGUGCCAAGAUUUAUGUCAGUGGAGCGCGUGGAGUGCUUGGACAGUUUGUGCCCAACCGUGCAGCGGUGGAGUCAGGCAGCGCUACAGGCAUCCUCUGGCCUCUCCCCCAGGACCCCUCUGCCGGAUCCAGCAGACUCAAAGCCAGAGCUGCAACACGGGACUUUGCCCGGGUGAACACUGUGAAGACAGGGGGCGUGUCUACCAAGAGGCCUGUGCCAAUCUGUGUCCUCGCAGCUGCACUGAUUUAUGGGAGCAUGUACAGUGUCUCCAAGGACGCUGUCAUUCAGGUUGUCGUUGCCCAGAGGGACAGCUAUUGCAGGACAGCCAUUGUGUGCCCGUGGCAGAAUGUCGCUGCGGUAUCCCAUCGGGCAAUGGGACAUUGGAGUUCAUGCCUAACGAAGGGCUUGUCGUGGAAUGCAACACCUGCGUGUGUGAGAAUGGAACUCUCGCGUGCACCGAUCGUCCCUGUCCUGUGUAUGAGCCUUGGACCCCAUGGACGUCCUGCUCCGUUUCGUGUGGGCGUGGCCAAUGGACACGAACGCGCCUGUGCCAAGACAGAGAGGGCGGACCCUCCUGUUCUGAAACCAUCCAGACAGAAAGCUGCGACUUGCGCCCGUGCCCUGUGGGAUGUUUGUUGAGUGAAUGGUCGAGCUGGAGCGAGUGCAGCGCCACAUGCGGCAGUGGGUUGUCCGAGCGCAACAGGACAAUCCUUCGGGAAUCAGAGCCGGGCGGGGCCGCUUGUGCUGGGCCACUUGAACAACACACUGUCUGCAACAGCAACCGUUGCGGAACGGAGUGUCCGGAUGGCCAAGUCUUCAGUGAAUGUUCCGGUUCCUGUCCAUUUACUUGUGAAGACCUGUGGCCCAACACUCAGUGUUUAGCAGGACCUUGCAACGCCGGGUGCUCGUGCCCACCUGGUCAGGUCUUGCAUGGAGGCUUGUGUGUGUCCCAUGCAGAAUGCCCCUGUUCACUGCUCUCUCUGCCGAUUGCCUACCAAACAUUGAAUAUGAGCACAGAAGUCCUGUCGCCUGGAACAUCCGUCCAGUAUCACUGCAACACAUGUGUGUGUCGCGGAGGAGUGUUUAACUGCACCUCCGAGCUCUGCGACGUGGACUGUGAGUGGUCCAACUGGUCCCAAUGGGGUCCAUGCUCAGCUAGCUGUGGUACAGGACAACAGAGCUCCACCAGAACUGUGGUAGGGCCGAACCAGUAUGGAGGGGUCCCGUGUGAGGGCUCCGACCACCGCACUGCUCCUUGCGUGGCCCCAGAUUGUGCGUGUCCUGCCGGAGAGCGAUGGAAGCGGCGGAGGAGCUUGUCAGAAGACUUUCCACUCUGCGAAAGGAGCUGCGAGGACAUUUACUCCCCGACUCCCAUCAACUGCAGUCACUCGUCAGAAGGCUGCGUGUGUCAGGAGGGGCUUUACCGAAACACCGAUGGCGUGUGCGUCAUUCCUGCUCUCUGCCCCUGCCAUGACCAGGGCAUCGUGCGGGAGGCAGGAUCAGAGUGGGAGGAGGACUGCCUGUCAUGUCGUUGCGUGAACGGGAAGAAACUGUGCAAGCCGAAGUGCCCUGAACUCCACUGUGAUGAGGGGGAAGUCAAAGUCGAGGAACCGGGCAGCUGUUGUCCAGUCUGCAGGAAGCCUUUUCCAGACGAGACCGCGCCGGAGUGCCGUCGCUACGUGCAGGUCAAGAACAUCACAAAGGGGAACUGUCGGCUUGACAAUAUCGAGGUCAGCUUCUGCGAGGGGCGCUGUCUGUCCAGGACGGAUGUCAUCUUGGAGGAGCCCUACCUCAGGUCUGUGUGUGAGUGCUGCAGUUACCGUUUGGACCCGGACAACCCCGUGCGCUUCCUCAACUUGCGGUGCGACAGUGGCGACAGCGAGCCGGUCGUCCUGCCUGUCAUUCACAGCUGCGAGUGCACCAGCUGCCAAGGGGGUGACCUGUCCAGGCGAUGAGCACAUACAUGGGCGAGGAAUUUCGGUCACGCGUACAUUCGGGUGUACAAUGAAGAGGAGAGAGUUAUUUGGUCAAAUCAAACAGUUUGGAGGCAAUGGAUGAAUGAACCGCUUGGACCCUCUUUUUGUCCGCAUAAAAAUGUCUUGCUUUUGUCAUUCAACUUUGUAUGACCGAAAACAGUCCUUUGAAUCCCAAACAUUCAGUCCCCGUGUUUAAUCUUUGCCUUGCACAUUGUUUUUUUUUACCAACUCUAUUUUUGUAUGUAUUAUUAAAGGGACUUUGGUUGACUCUAAAUAGGAACGUUCUACAUUAAAUGACGAGUAGACGACAGUUUUGCUCACUACAAAUCUUUGUAUAGCAUGUGGUGAUUUUUUUUUUAUUAUUACAUUUAUCGGAUUCAAUAAACCUUUGUACACACGGAA